CCAGAGUUUUCGUAUAUGAAUCAGAGGUGCAUCUCCCGCUUGGUCCUCAGCCAGUUGAGCCACAGCGACAGCAGGGCAUGAACCAGCAGCGCAAAACCGUCAUCCAUAUGAACCACACUAUCUACAGCACUCUCACCCACACUCACUCUCUGUACAUCAUCAGACCCCCGGGCCGCCAACACACCAUCGCCACCACCCCUGCCCCCUCUCUGCCGCAGCAUCCCGGCCACGAGAGAGCGCAGGCUUCUCCCCAGCACGUAUCUCCGCAGCAUGUACAGCUCCACGCAUUUCUUGACCAGAUAUACCACGGCUUUUGUCCUCAUCGCCUCGACCUCAUGGGAGGGCUCAACCAGUGACAUGGCGGGCUUCAGCGGGGCCGCCGUCGCCUUGCUCAUCAGCAGUUGCUGGGAGUCGCGAGAGCACCGCGAGAGGUUCAUUAAGACCAUGCACUUCUCGGCAAUGUCUGGAUGGCACAUCGCCCACACAUUCGGACCCGUGUCUGUGUGUGCGGGUUGUCCACCUGGGUUGUCCGGUCACCUGAUAGGAUGAGAAGGCCCUCACAGAGCACCUGCACUCUCUCGAGCGACUGCAUGAGGGGUCCGUCACCCUUCUGGCUGCCCCAGCUGGGCAUCGCCUUCACACAGAUAAGGUCGUCCGUGACAUCCUUGACAAUGUCGAUGUAGGCCACACAAAGGCGGAAGCAUCGCAUCACCAACGACUUGUCGAAAUGAGCCUCCUGCAACUGCCACGCCGAUUUGAGCACAUGGCCGCAACGCAUCAGGCCCAUCGCCACGUCCAGCAACUCCACCAGGCUGGCAGCGGACUCCUUCUUCCUCCCAGUCGGCGCUCUGCUCAAGAGAAGCGUGACGGCUUUGAGCAGCUCGGCAAGCCGGUAUCUCGUGUUCCAGAUGUCCAGCAUGUGGGCCAGCUGCUCCAAGACAGGAGCGGCUCCAGAUGACGUCAUGGACUGCCACAGAUAGAUAGAUGCCGGUUUUCAGCGCUCAAAGACAAAGAUCCAUCGCCUCAGCCGUCGUGCUGUGUCCUCAUUUCUGCUCUUCUCGCC